UGGACCAAGAUGCUCUCUCUCUCUCUCUCUCUCUCUCUCUCUCUCAAUCAUUUUUUUGGUCUUUGCUUCAACGCCUCCCUGUUCACUAAUACGAUGGCUAUAAAUACCCUUUUUUAUGUGUCAAAUAAUUUUCAAAGUAACAAUUUAAAGAGAAAAAAUUCCAAGUAUCCAACAAUUCUCACGAGUAACGAUUGACCAUUUCACACUUCUACUUCUAUGUGACGUUCUAGCAGUGGAGCUCUGAAUUUUCCUUCAGUUUCAACCUUACUGCUUUAGGAAACUUGUGGCAUUCUAGCAUUAAGGCCUCAAAGUCAACUUGACCCCAACUCUGGCUCUGGUGUGGUUGCAUUUUCCACAAGGAGAAGUUGCUCACCUUUUCCAAUAGCUUAUUUUGCAAGUGAAACUUCAUCUUCGGAUUGUUAUACUAAGCUUGAAGCUACAUUUUGGAAUCCUCCGAAUUUGGAAAAACUCGUUGAGGCAGAGUGAUACAUUCUUGCAAAAUGUACCCUCUACAAGCAGCAAACAUCUCCCAGAUUUCGGUGGAGAACAGUUCUGCAGAGUACCAGGUCAUUCUGGUGUUGGAUUGUUCGCGAGUGAAUGUAGUCCUCCCCAGACAACCUACAUUUAUUUAAUCAUGAGCUGGACGGAUGCUAAUCAUUUUGAAGAAAGAGAAGUCAUUGGUAAAUCAAGGAUAUGGAGUGAAUUUAAUGGAAAAAGCAUCAUUAAUUGAUCAUGACAGCCAAUCUCUACCUUUUGGUAAUAACCAAAAGAAAAACCGAAGAUACAAUCAGCUGGAAAGUUCCGCAGGUAGUGAAGCAAAAGAUAAAUACUGAAGACAGUAAGCCUUCUGAAGUAAUGUUGAAGAAUGAAUUGUUCAGCUGAAAUUGAUACCAUGAAACGGGAUGUAUUUUAGGAAAAGAACCAUUUUUGGGGUAUGUACUGGUCUGAACUAUGUCUAAAAGGUCUUGAUUAAAGCACUUUACUAACAUAAAACUGGUCAAAAAUCUUCUUUAAAAUUUGUUAUGGUCAUGGUCUCCUAAAAUCUAACCUACCAAGCGGGGAAAAAAAAUGAAAGAUCUUUCUAAGCUUUAUUCUCAUAUAUAUUGUUGCUACACUGACUUUGACUUGUUUAACUAAUGUGCCUUUCUUAUGACUUCUGCAGGUAUGUCUUCUUCCCCAUUAAAGCGGGAGAGUGAAAUGGACGAAAAUGCACCUACUCAUCUUGCACUUGGCUGUCCCAGAAAAGAAAUUGGAUGUAAAAACGUUAUACCUGACAUGAACUUGGAGCCUCCUGCUCCGAUUGAUAAUUUGGAGCCAACUUCUUCCAGAACUCGAAGUCUGGAUUUGAGAUCACUCCUUGGCCAUAAUGAGCAGGCAAGUUCAUUGAAAGCCGAUUUCUCCCCUGUCGUUCUGCUUGAACAGGAACCAGGUGGAAGAUGGGUCAAGCGCCUCAAAAUGAGUGCUUCUGGCUCAUUUUCUGUUGGAACAAAGAACUCUAACCUUUCAGGGAAUACAUCUCAUGAGAAAGCAAACAAGUUUCUAAGCAAAAUUGCUAAAGUUACUAUAACCGGCUCAGAACUCACAGCUGGUAAACUUCAUGGUGAAGAAUUGAUGGCUCGUGAAGGACCUCCAGCCUUAGCAAGGAAUAGUGCCUCUUCAUCUAAAAAUGUUAUGAAGAAAGAUCUAGAGUUAUUGACUUCACAGUCUUGGAUGCGAAGGUGGCUUCAUAAUAGGGUUCCCACUGCACAAAAGAGGCCUCAACCAGUGGUGGUUAGUACGCCUCGAGGCUCAAAGUUGGAAGUUGAUGAUUUUCAGAAGAAGCAGUUCCCAAGCAUUGCUGCCAUGGCCCUCAUGGGAAAGGCAUUAACUGGUUUUCAACCAUGUGAAUUCCAAAAAAGAGGUCCCUAUGUAGUUUGGAGGAACACAGGAGUUUCUGAACCUACAUAGCAGCAAGAGUUACUGUGCUUCAGGUUAGUCCACCGACGGUGCUGAUGGCAGUGUUGGUCAGGCUAUGCAUAAUGAGGACAAAUGUGCUCUGGCUUAAUAUGUGAUCAUGCAAUCAACUGCAUUUUGGAGCUUAGUGUCGAUUUGUUGGUGCUAGUAAGUACAUAGCUUGUCUUAGAUUUGGCUUCUAGUGUUUGCUUAGAUGGGAUUAUCUCUGUAUUUAACCAGUAUGAUAAAAAUGCCAGACACCUUGUUUCUUGAACAGGCCAUUCAUCCGGCUGCUUUAGUCAGUGUGCGAGGGAUCUCGAUGAUGUGGCAAUUACGUGCUAAAGUAGGCGAUGAGAUCACUAUGCAAUGUUCGUCGUAGAGUCUAAGAUCAGUUCAUUGGACAGUUUGAACCAUCCCACCUUUACUUUGUUGAAGACUCUUGAGUGAGUGACUACCUGCUCCACUCGUCAGCUGGUAGAAAGUUUUUCCUGGAUCGAAAAUUAACCAAUAAGCAGCAAAAUUUGGUUUACUAGAUUAAAAGUUGCUCAUCUUUUAUCCCAUCUUUUAGUGUCAGCUGCAUGCUGAUUUUAAUGAUUGCUUUAAAUAGUUGUUUGUAAUUGCUCAUGAAAAGGCAUCAUUUUCAUUAUCA